CCUGUCUUAACAAUCCGCCAAACUGAACUGGCCAAGCUUGUCGAGUGAAGUAACAUGUCUAUGAUGCAAAGUACAUGAGGUGGAUGACAUAGCCUAUAGUAACUAUUCAUCAAAGUUCCUUCUAUGGUUGUGGCCUAGCACUUUUCGCAAUUUUUCAGCAAACUUUGACCCGUUUUUACAUUAUCAUUCAUUGGUCAUCAUGUCUCUUGUUUCGGGCCCAGGAAGAGGCGGCACUGGAAGCCAGGGUCAAGAAUUGUUUGUGGAAAAGCAUGUUGAUUACAUCAAAAGCCUCGAUAAACGGAAGGAUGAGUAUGAAUACUGGCUGACAGAGCACUUGCGGCUCAACGGUGUUUACUGGGGGCUCACCGCUCUUCAUCUCCUUGGGCAUCCCGAAGCUCUUCCCCGAGAUGACACCAUUGACUUUGUUCUUUCCUGCCAGCAUGAAAAUGGGGGCUUUGGUGCAGCACCUGGCCAUGAUCCCCAUAUGCUUUAUACUGUCAGUGCAGUUCAGAUCCUAGUAACAAUUGAUGCGGUGGGAGAACUGGAUAAAAGAGGUCGUGGGGGCAAAGAAAAGGUCGGAUCAUAUAUUGCUAACCUUCAGGACCCCGUCACUGGCACAUUUAAAGGUGACGAGUGGGGGGAAACUGACACACGGUUCCUUUACGGGGCGUUCAAUGCACUGUCACUACUAGAUCUCCUCUCCAUGGUUGAUGUGGGCAAAGCUGUUUCCUACGUCCAGUCCUGCGCAAAUUUUGAUGGAGGCUACGGUGUGCGGCCAGGGGCCGAGUCUCACGCCGGCCAGAUAUUUGUUUGCGUGGGUGCUCUGGCUAUUGCUGGACAACUCGACCUGGUGGAUACUGAACGGCUUGCUGCGUGGCUAAGUGAAAGACAGCUAGACAAUGGCGGUCUGAAUGGCCGACCGGGUAAAAAAGAGGAUGUCUGCUAUAGUUGGUGGGUCAUGAGCAGUUUAGCCAUGCUUGGGAAACUCCACUGGAUUGAUAGGGAUAAACUCAUCGGCUUCAUCCUCAGCUGUCAGGAUCCUCAACUUGGUGGCAUUGCUGAUCGACCAGAGGAUAUGGUGGACGUUUUUCACACUGUCUUUGGAAUUGCGGGCCUCAGCCUACUCAAAUACCCCGGCAUUAGAGAGGUUGACCCAAUCUACUGUAUGCCCAAAGAAGCCACAUCCAGAGCCCUGAAGAGGUAGCAGGGACAAAUAAGGACAUUCCCAAGUAGAACUUGGGUUUCUCUGUUGCUUAGACUUUGCCAAUCGUUUUUCCAGACAAUCAUGUGUUUUGCAUUCUUAUCUCCCUCCUGCAAUCUAAUAACCCGUCGGACCUCUUCACCAUGGACGGGGGGAUACAAGGCAGGAGGAGAGCAGCAUCAACUGCGCCUUACAUCCCGCUUCUGGAUCUCAGAGUGUCAGUCUCCGAGACAAAUAAGCCGCAGUGGACAUCAAUUGUCAAUGGAUAGCCCCGUUUUAGCGUUUUUAAGCUGUUGUCGAGAUUCUCAAUAUGAAUAUCAAAUUUCCUCCCCCAACAGCUUGGCUGCUGAAGGCCCGC